CCGUCCCGGGCGGGAGCUGGCGAUCUGGCGAUGGGGCGGAUUGCGGGCCGGAGAGCGGCGGCCUAGCGAGACGGGAGGCGGGAGGCGGGAGGCGGGAGGCGGGAGGCAGGCGGCCGGCGGGCCUGGAGCGGGCUGCCGCUCCCCAGUCGGGCCGGGCCGUGGCGCGGAGCGCGGGGGCCGGGCUCCCAGGCAGGCGGCCAUGGGCGGGAGCCGGUGGCGGCAGCCGCAGUUGCGGGCCAGGCGGGCGGGAAGGCGAGCAGCCUCAGGCCCCUGACGGCCCCCGUGGCCCAGCGCGCCCCCGCGCCUCUUAGGGGGCCGUAGCCAAGCAACGCCCGGCGCGCCGCCCAUCCCCCGCUGCCCUUUUUUUCCCUGGCCGGGUGCGAGGGAGCAUGCCCGCGCCUGGCCUCCGCCUGUGCCGACUGCUGCCGAGGGGCGUGGAGCGGCCCCUCCCUCGGGGCUGUGCCCCCCGCCCCCCGCGCUAGGCUAUGGCCCGCGGCCCGGGACCCGCGGGUCCUUGCGCGGGCCACUGAGCGCCUCUCGCACCGCGCCCCUGUCCGGCCAGCACCAUGGGAUGCAAUAUGUGCGUGGUCCAGAAACCGGAGGAGCAGUACAAAGUGAUGCUGCAGUUUCUAGCCCCUGUCCCAGAACCCACUUGCUGGCGACUGCCCUCGAGGAGGGGGACAUUGGUCCUCCUGCCUAGCUGUCGGAGGUGGUCCCGCUCUGAGCACCCCGCCCCCGCGAGAGGACAGGUGAACGGGAAGGAGCUCUCCAAGCUGUCUCAGGAGCAAACCCUGGAGGCCCUGCGCUCCUCCAAGGAGCCCCUGGUGAUCCAGGUGCUGAGACGCAGCCCCCGCCUCCGGGGGGACAGCUCCUGCCAUGACCUGCAGUUGGUGGACAGCGGCACGCAGACCGACAUCACCUUCGAGCAUAUCAUGGCGCUGGGCAAGCUGCGCCCGCCCACCCCGCCCAUGGUCAUCCUGGAGCCGUACGUCCUGUCUGAGCUCCCCCCCAUCAGCCAUGAGUAUUAUGACCCGGCGGAGUUCAUGGAGGGCGGCCCGCAGGAGGCAGACCGUAUGGACGAGCUGGAGUAUGAGGAGGUGGAGCUGUAUAAGACCAGCCACCGAGACAAGCUGGGCCUGAUGGUGUGCUACCGCACAGACGACGAGGAGGACCUGGGCAUCUAUGUUGGAGAGCCUCGCUGGUGCCGGUGCUCACUCAGGGAUAAGGUGAACCCCAACAGCAUUGCAGCCAAAGAUGGCCGGAUCCGCGAGGGAGACCGCAUAGUGCAGAUUAACGGGGUGGACGUGCAGAACCGGGAGGAGGCAGUGGCCAUCCUGAGCCAGGAGGAGAACACCAACAUCUCUCUUCUGGUGGCCCGACCCGAGAGCCAGUUGGCCAAGCGCUGGAAGGACAGUGACCGGGAUGACUUCCUGGAUGACUUUGGCUCUGAGAAUGAGGGGGAGCUGCGUUCACGGAAGCUGAAGUCGCCCCCUGCCCAGCAGCCCGGUACUGAGGAGGAGAAGGGGGUCCCUACCUCGGGCCCCGGCCUGAGCAACAGCCAAGAGCUGGACAGCGGGGUGGGCCGCACCGAUGAGAGCACCCGCAACGAGGAAAGCUCCGAGCACGACCUGCUGGGUGACGAACUCCCGAGCACCACCAACACGCCUGGCACGCUGCGCAAGUUCAGCCUGCAAGGCGACGCGCCACAGGCCCGAGACCUGCACUUCAGCAUGGAGUCCCUGCUCGCUGAGGGCGCGGGCCUGGCCGCCGACGUGCCGGGCCUCACUGACGAGGAGUACGAGCGCUACCGGGAGCUGCUGGAGAUCAAGUGCCACCUGGAGAACGGCAACCCGCUGGGACUGCUCUUCCCCCGUGCGGCGGGCAGCACCGGCGCCCUGGACGUGAACCGCAACGAGAGCCUGGGCCACGAGAUGGCCAUGCUGGAGGAGGAGCUGCGCCACCUGGAGUUCAAGUGCCGCAACAUCCUGCGCGCGCAGAAGAUGCAGCAGCUGCGGGAGCGCUGCCUUAAGGCCUGGCUGCUGGAAGAGGAGAGCCUGUACGAGCCGGGCGCCGGAGAGCCCAAGAAGCACGAGCUGUCCGACAUUUCCGAGCUACCCGAGAAGUCGGACAAGGACAGCACCAGUGCCUACAACACUGGGGAGAGCUGCCGCAGCACCCCGCUGCUGGCCGAGCCCCUGUCCGACAGCCCCCUGCGGCGGGCGGCCGCCGCGGGCAACUCCAACUUGAACCGGACCCCCUGCGGGCCCCCUGCGGCCGCUGCUGCCCCCCCCAAGGCGACCCCUCCACCCGGGAGCCCCGCCAAGUUCCGCUCCCUGUCCCGCGAUCCCGAUGGGGGCCGGAGACAACACUCGGAGGAGCGAGUCCGGCGCAGCCCCAAGACGGGGGCUACCGGGGCCAGCCUGGAACGUGUGGGUCCCGAAGGCAGCCCAUACCUGUCGAGGCGCCCCCGAGGCCAGGGCCAGGAGGGCGCGCACUACCACAGCUGCAUGCAGCUGGCGGCGCCGCGCGGCCUGGACGAACUGGGCCCCCGGCCGCUGGGCCUGGCGGGUGGUCCUCGGGUUGGGGGCGCAGUAGCCGGCGAGGCGCCCCGCAUGGAGUGGAAGGUGAAGGUGCGCAGCGACGGGACCCGCUACGUGGCCAAGAGGCCGGUGCGCGACCGCCUCCUGAAGGCGCGAGCGCUGAAGAUCCGCGAGGAGCGCAGCGGCAUGACCACUGACGACGACGCGGUGAGCGAGAUGAAGAUGGGCCGCUACUGGAGCAAGGAAGAGCGCAAGCAGCACCUGAUUCGCGCGCGCGAGCAGCGCAGGCGGCGCGAGUUCAUGAUGCAGAGCCGGCUAGAGUGUCUGCGGGAGCAGCACGGCGACAGCAGGGCCGAGCUCAACAUCAUCGCCCUGAGCCACCGCAAGACCAUGAAGAAGCGGAACAAGAAGAUCCUGGACAACUGGAUCACCAUCCAGGAGAUGCUGGCGCAUGGCACGCGCUCGGCUGAUGGCAAGCGCGUCUACAACCCGCUGCUCUCCGUCACCACCGUCUGAGCCACUGGGAGCCUCCCGCCCGGCGCCCCUUCCUGCCCCCUAGACCCAGUGUGUUUGUGUGUGCGCGCGCGCGGCGCGCGCAGGACCUGCAGUGGGAAGUCCCAGAGGAGGGCCACUUCCCUAACGGCGCCUGCUUCCUUCUCUCCCUGUGGACAGUACCGAGUCGCCGGCUGGCACGGAGCGCCCUCCAGCUGAGUGCCUGCAGAUGCCACUCGAGCCCACGUGCCUCCAGGCCCUCUCAGCUCGAGGACUGGGGACUGACAAGGAAGAUGUGCAGACGGACCGUCCAAGCACAAUAAUGUCCUGCCGGGACGCAGCCGCCUCCCUCCCUCCCUCCCCCACGCCUUGGUUAUUAUCUGAAGACAAAGGCGCCCCUGAUUUCUGUGCUGUUUUGCUUUCUGUGCUUGCCCGUCGUGGUUUCUGUUUUGUGGACCUGCUGGGGGGCUGGUAGCCCUUCAGGCAGCCUGACCAAGGUGGGGUCCUGAGUGAUGGCUGGGAAGGAGGGUGGGGGGAGGAGAGGGAGGGCUGGGGGAGGGAGGGAAAGGGCGGGGAGAGGGAGGAAUAGGAAGCAGCUUCCCUGCUGGCCUCCACCCCAGGUGCGGGCCUGCAGUUGGAGAGACACACCCAGGAACCUAGGGAGAGGUGAGCCGGGCCCAAGGACUGUGAGAGGGCCUCUCUCCUGAGCUGGUGCUGAGUGGGGAUGGGCUCAGGAGCCAAGGCGCAUGGGUAGUGAGAGCAGCAGAACCAAGUGAGAGGCAGGGACCAUCCGUUCAGAGAGGCCCACACUGCAGGCAGACAGGCUGCCCUUGCCAGCAUCGGUGUCCCAAUAAAGCAAGCUGCCUUUUUACUCA